CUGCCUCCUGCGCGUCCUGGUGGCCGUAGAGGGCCGGGCCAAGCCUCAGGCGGGAGAGAAACGGCAGCCUCGGGGCGUAAGAGUGUCUCCCCGCCCCGGGAGGGGGUGGCGAGGUCAAGGUGGCGUGAAGACAGGGUGAACGCGGUGCCCCCCGCGCGGCCCCGAGGCCCCUUCUUCAUUUUGACUGCCUUCUAGGGACCGCCUUUGGCUUUUCGCGUCCUGAGACACCGACCCUGACCAGCCCGGCGUCCCUACCCGCCACCCGCCCUGCCCAGCUGGGGCGGAGGGCCGGGGGCGGCAGGUCCGCGCGCGGCGGGAGUGGGCGGCGAGCGCUGGCGGGCGAGAAAAAUCUGCUGGGUCCCAGGCAGCCGCCGCUGCCCCUUUGAUGUUUUGGUACUCCGUGCGCAUGCGCCUCACAUUAGAAUUACUGCACUGGGCAGACUAAGUUGGAUCUCCUUUCUUCAGUGAAACCUUGAAUCCUAUCAAAAACUAAAGGGAUGUGGAGAGUCCGGAAAAAGGGCUACUUUGGGAUUUGGUCAUUCCCCUUAAUAAUCGCCGCUGUUUGUGCGCAGAGUGUCAAUGAUCCCAGUAAUAUGUCGCUGGUUAAAGAGACUGUGGAUAGACUCCUGAAAGGCUAUGACAUUCGCCUGAGACCAGAUUUUGGAGGUCCCCCCGUAGCCGUGGGAAUGAACAUUGACAUCGCCAGCAUCGAUAUGGUUUCUGAAGUCAAUAUGGAUUAUACCUUGACAAUGUACUUUCAGCAAGCCUGGAGAGAUAAGAGGCUGUCCUAUAAUGUAAUACCUUUAAACUUGACUCUGGACAAUAGAGUGGCAGACCAGCUCUGGGUGCCUGAUACCUACUUCCUGAAUGAUAAGAAGUCAUUUGUGCACGGAGUGACCGUCAAGAACCGCAUGAUCCGCCUGCAUCCGGAUGGAACAGUCCUUUAUGGCCUCAGAAUCACAACCACAGCUGCCUGUAUGAUGGACCUAAGGCGAUACCCACUGGAUGAACAAAAUUGCACCUUGGAAAUUGAAAGCUAUGGAUAUACAACUGAUGACAUUGAGUUUUAUUGGCGAGGAGAUGAUAAUGCUGUAACAGGAGUAACAAAGAUUGAACUUCCACAGUUCUCUAUUGUAGAUUACAAACUUAUCACCAAGAAGGUUGUUUUUUCCACAGGUUCCUAUCCCAGGUUGUCUCUCAGCUUUAAACUUAAGAGAAACAUUGGUUACUUUAUCCUGCAAACAUACAUGCCUUCCAUCUUGAUCACGAUUCUCUCCUGGGUCUCCUUCUGGAUUAAUUAUGAUGCAUCAGCUGCAAGAGUGGCAUUAGGAAUUACAACUGUCCUCACAAUGACCACAAUCAAUACCCACCUCCGCGAGACUCUCCCUAAGAUCCCCUAUGUGAAGGCCAUCGACAUGUAUCUCAUGGGCUGUUUCGUGUUUGUUUUCAUGGCCCUUCUGGAAUAUGCUUUGGUCAACUACAUCUUCUUUGGGAGGGGACCCCAACGUCAAAAGAAGGCAGCUGAGAAGGCUGCUAGUGCCAACAAUGAGAAGAUGCGCCUGGAUGUCAACAAGAACAGCUGGAUAUGGAUCCCUGCUUUCCACCAGCGGCUGGAAUCUCAGUCUCUCCAGAUGGACCCCCAUGAGAACAUCUUACUGAGCACUCUCGAGAUAAAAAAUGAAAUGGCCACAUCUGAGGCUGUGAUGGGACUUGGAGACCCCAGGAGCACAAUGCUGGCCUACGACGCAUCCAGCAUCCAGUACCGGAAAGCUGGGCUGCCCAGGCAUAGUUUUGGCCGAAAUGCCCUGGAACGACACGUGGCACAGAAGAAAAGCCGCCUGCGGAGACGCGCCUCGCAGCUGAAAAUCACGAUCCCCGACUUGACGGACGUGAAUGCCAUAGACCGGUGGUCCCGCAUAUUCUUCCCUGUGGUUUUUUCCUUCUUCAACAUCGUCUAUUGGCUUUACUAUGUGAACUAAAGUAGCCUCCUGUGGGAAGCAAGGACUAGAUUCCUCCUCAAACCAGUUGUACAGCCUGAUGUAGGACUUGGAAAACACAUCAAUUCAGGACAAAAGUGAUGCUAAAAUACCUUAGUUGCUGGCCUAUUCUAUGGUCCAUUUCAUGCCAUUUGGGUUGCUUCUGCUAAGUAAUGAACACACUAUGGUCCUUGCGGUUUUCCAGUUAAAGUGCAAGUGAUUUGUACACAUGCUGGCAAGACUGGAGACUGAGUGUUCCACAUUCUCUGCUUAGUAUGCAGCCUCUAGGGAGGGGGAUUAUAUAGAAGAUAGUCUCAGAAGGAUCAAUAGCAUUGUGAGUCAUCUCACUGAGAUGUGGUUGUAUCCAGAUACUCCCCAUCUUCAUUCCUGAGAUUGGCAUGCUGUGAGAUGGCACCGUGCUUAUGAAACAUAAUCUGCAAUGUCAUGCAAACAUGCUGACUGAAGGUGGUCUAUGCUGUUUAUGAAGGUGAUAAUUGUGCCAUGGGAAGAUCCCCCUGAAUUCUAGAAGGUUCUCAUGGAGUUCAAAUAGGAUGGGAGUCAAGACAGAGACUCAGGACCUAAUUUAACCCAGUCUCUGUUUGCUUGAGCACAGGGAUUCAAUCAUGUCUUCCACUUUGACAUUUAGAGGUGGGGAGACUUCCAAACAUUGUCAUGCAUGGAAGCCAAAGAAUUUUUUCCUAAAAACCUAUUCAGCAGAAAGUUAAAAUAAGAGUUAACAAUCCUGAGCAGAGUGGAAAAUCCAGAAGCAACUCUUAUAGCAAGAUUAAGCAAGGGAGCAGCGUGACCUUUAUUGGCCCUGCACAGCAUCUGGUCCAUAUAUAUCAUGUUUGAGUGGCAAAAGGUAGAGUGAGAGGGAUUUUUUUUUCCAACCUUAUAAGGUUUUCACAGCAGACCUAAAGAGGUUUUUAGCUUAUUUAAUCAAAAGGCAACCACAAAAUAGAAAAGUUAAUGAAUUAAAAGUAUCUUAGAUGUAGGUUAGAUUGGUAGUUGGUCAGUUAUUAAUAUAGAGCCCGGACAAAGCUAGCAAGCAUUCUGCUUUUCUCUGACAAUAUCAACUGUCUCCACAACAUUUUCCUGUACAUUUAUUUCUGAAUUUAAUAGGAUAUUUCAAAAGAAGGAUGUGUUCAUUCCUUUAAAGGAUUAUGGUCCUUUCUAGCUAUUCUCACUUCUGAAAUUCUGAUUAUAUUCUAAGGAGACAGACAAAGUAAGGCUUUGGAGAGAUUUACUGAACUAUAUUUCCUUCUGUGCAAUGAAGUCCACCUUUGUAUUUUUCAUAGCAAAAAACACUUCAAAGAUCAUGUGCACAAGUAGAGUUAGUUUGUGGGUUUGUUAGGUUUGAUUUUUUUUCAAGGGUGCUUUCAUUGUGUAUGUUCUAUCUGCCUAAUCAAAGAAAAUAUGAAAAGUAGUGGAAAAGAGGAUAACAACAAAGCCACAUUAACUUGAUGAAUGUUAUGAGCCUCACUCAAUAUUGCAGAAAAAAUAUAUAACUGAUAACCAAGCAGGCAUGAUUUAUUGUUUUUAUUCAAUGCUUAAAUUACAUUGAUGUGCUUCUUUCUGUACUAAUUGGACUUGUGAAUUCAUAUGUUGGGCAAGAAAGAGAAUAAGCUAAUAUAUUUUAUUUCUAUCAAUGUGAGGUUCAUAUUUAACUUUUCUUGGAGAAAACAGUAUAUUGCUAAUUUUUUGUUAAAAGUUUGAUUUGAUUGAACUUUUUCUUGGAGAUGAAUUUGCUCUUUCUACUUAAAAACAAAACAAGACAAAACCUUCUUCAGAGUAACAUCCCUACUUGUGCAUAGUAACCAAAGCCGGCAUCUGCCUGUGGAUAAAUGUAUGUUUCCUUCCUCUGAUGAUUUUAGCAGCUGGAAUAUGAUGGAGUCCUGCUGUCCUUCCAUUUCAACUGUUAGAGAGAAAAAAAAAAGCUUUAGCAUUCAGCUUUCUGCAUUUGCCCCAAGAUGAGAUGACUUUUUUUUUCUUCACCAGCAUAGGGAAUCAUUGCAAUGGUUCUCACAAACCAAUAUUUUUUUAUUUUACACUUGCACACCUAUGAGUAUCCAACCAAGGUUCUGCCCAUGGGCUCAGAGUAGAGAUUUCUCACAUUUUUCCAGGGACACACUUCCUCCUAGGCAAUAAUUUUGGGCAUCACACUAAUAAAAGUGCCUGCCCUUUGCUGCCAGGGGUUAAAGUUUGAGUAGCAUAUAUCAGGAAGGAGCAUAUUGAUAACUCAGGUGCACAACUCCAAAAUGCCAUUCUGAAAAGGUUUUUCUAGAGACAACUCAGAGCCCAAGUCUAGAAGUGGGCUCUUAUUUGCAAUUAAUCAUAAAAGCCAUAAAAAUUCUUGAUAUUGUCAUUUAUGGUUACAACACAAUUUUGAUAUCCAGGGAAGUCAACAGGGUAAUCUAGAUCAAAGUGGAGAGAAGCAACUUCGCAGCAAGAGCCUCAAUAGCAUAUGACCAUGGAUUCAUUUCUGCUCACAGUAGGGAGAAACUAGGAAAGGGGAAAGAUAGGGCCUUGGAUCAGAUGCCUUAGAGUGAGAUCCAUACAUUGGCAUUCAGUAAACACAUGGGUAGAAACAACGGACUCAUCCUGCCCAGAGGUAACAGUAGAUGUAGAAUUUAUUCUUAAACUGUAUUUUUACUGUAGUUGAAUUAGAUUGUAGUCACUAAAUUGAGGGAGAGUUGAGGAGGGCUGCUAGUUCUCAUGAGUCUAUGAAGACUAGUCAGCUUGAUGUCCAGUGGUUAAAUAUAAGGACCACAAAUUGUGUUUUGGCAAUUCUGAUAUGGUAUUACUAUCAGUUUACACAUAUAUGUAUAGUUUUCUUUUGAUUAUAAAACAGCCAGAUAGCCAGCAAUUAAGGUGUUUUUCAUCUUUGUGAAAUUCAUAGACAAAUUCUAAAAUGCACAGUCUAUAUGAAAUCUUUGAUCUCAAUCUGUAUAUAUAUAUAUUGUACAUGACUUCUAGUAGGUAUGAAAUGCAUUUUCAGAACUGAAAACUCAUGCAACAUAAUGUGUUUGCAUAAGGAAUGUUACUAUUCUUUCUACUGCAAUUUAAUAAUGGGAAAAUACUUAAGCAGUGCCAUCUAGACCUUUUCUCAUGUCUUCAAAAAACAGUGCUAAGUAAAAAAAAAGUUAAUAAAAAUGGUUUAUGAAGCAAAAGACUUUACAUUCUAGCAUUAGGAAUACAAAAAGUCUGUCAGCUUACAAAAGCACAACACAUAGAGAAAGUUCAGUGAAAUGCAUGAAGAGGAAAUGAAUCGCAUUUAUAUUAAGCAAGACCUGCAUUAAAUUGGCAACUAACACAAUUUUCAUUUUCAAUAGGUAACUUCCAAUUUUAUGAUUAACUGAAUAUUCAACAACAAAAACAGCAAAACAACCAACAAACAACAGGUCUUACAACAUAUCUACAUGUAUAUAUGUGUAUAUAUAGGUCCACAUAAACAUACAUACAUGUAUAUGCAUCAUAUGUUGGAAAACAAAAGGAAUAAGCUAAUAUGUUUUAUGUCCUUCAUUAAACCAGCAUAUGCAUAUUUUUAAUUUGGCAACCAAUAAAUCAACAUAUUGAAACAAGUAAUACAGGGUACUGAGCAUUUCUCUAUCAGCAUUUCUCUAUACAGUUCUCACGAACCAUUGCACAGUUUGACACCACAAUAGUACUGUACCUCGGAACAUCGCAAAUUAACUAGUUCUCCCACUGCUUGUCUACCUGCUCUUUUUCAAGGAAACAAAUAACAUUGUCCAUUGGUGAUUUAAAAACAAAAAAUGUCUUAAGAAAACAAACAAAAUGAUGAAAAAAAUUCCUCCUAGGAGGAAGAAAAAAAAAUAACUAAAUCCACCAUGUUGGUUAGGGUAAAUAUCCUCAACUGUAGCCAUCCUGCCAUUUUGCUAAGUGUACAGAGUCCAUGUAAUGUGAGCAAUCAUAACUUUCACUGAGCAUAUGUAAAUAUUAAAACAGAUUUCUUAAAUAUUUUUAACUUCUAAUUUGUAUUUUAUGGUAAGGCAAUGUGCUAAUUCUGUUUAUGGCUUAAGUUCAUGUGUUAUAUUAUGUAAAUAAUUAAACAUGCUGUAAAUGAAUAGUCAGUAGAUACAAAUAAUUGUUUAAUUUUUUCCUAGUUUUUCUCGAUUUUUUACUAAGUACAGUCACUGCAGUGCCCCAGCAGAGUAAUUUAAACACCCUUUUGCAUAAAUGGUUGGGAUCCCAGAAGGAAGGGUUUCAAUUUGCUGUCACACAUGCACACGCACACAUACACACGCACACACACAUACACAUGCACACACAUUCAAGCACACGUACUCUUAUCACUUGCCCACUCACUCACUCUCACUCUCACCCUUUUUGUUGGAAAUGCUGUAGUGUUUGUGUAGUCAGUUAGCAACCAAGAGAUAGCUUUAGAAAUGGAAACUGGGAAAAACGGAAAUGAUCAUUGAUACCUUGAUAGAGUUUUUUUAUAUAUGAGAGUUUAAGAAACCAAAGGUUGUAACUUAAGUUUCAAUUUUCAAAGAGUAAAAGUUUAUACAAAUGGCACCACAGGAAAUAAAAAUGCCUAUUCAUACCUGCUCCAUAAAUUUGUUAUACCUAAUACAUACUAGAAGACUGUUUUGUUAAAUAAUAGCAUUUUAUUCUUAGAUAGUAUUGUUCCUUUUAACCAAAGACUCCAGAAUUACUAAAAAACAAAAAAGAAAAGAAAAAAGGAAAAAUGGUGGAAAAUUGAAAAAAAAAAGAUAACUGCUUCACACCAAAGGUAUAAAAAAUAUUUUCCAAAUACACUAGGAACAUUGUAAAAAAGAGUAAGGAGCAAACACAAUGCUAAUUAAGAUACUGCCCUAAAGAACUCAUUUACUGAAAAAAAAAUCUCUCUUAAACACCUAUUAGUUAUUUGGAAAUUGAAGCAAAUAUUUCUGUAAAUAUAUGCAAAAGUCUGACAUCAGAUUUUAUUUUGCUUUGAGAAGUCCUUUUAUGAUAAAUAUGAUUCAAAAUGAUGGAAAACAAAACUUGGUGUUUUUUAACUUUGAAACCUAAUGUCUCUCUUGUCAUAUGUUAACCUGAUGUCUGUAUGUAUGUCCUUACACCAUCAGAGGCAAGUUGACAGUUUCAUCAGCUUGUAUUGUUCCCUUCUCAGUUCAGAAAUUUGAGUUCCCCCAUGAUCACUUUAAACACAAUUAGUUCAAAGUUGCAAAUAAUUUAAAUUCCAUAACAUGUUUCAUUUUUAUCUGCAUGGGUGUUUAAAUAUUCUGUUAUCAAUAUUGUCCCUGCACAGUUCUGAAAUGUCCUUUUAUAAAAGUGAUAUUCUGGUUUCUUCACAAUGUAAUGAUUAUCGGCCUUACUAAUUACCUUGUAGCCUUUCUUAAUAUGCACAUAAUGCACAUUUUUCCAGUGGCUAGAAAACAGAACACAAGUGGACAUCAUUGCAUUUAUUUUCAUGUCUUUCUAAAAACAGGAUUACUAAAAUCUCUGGGAUACAUGAGAUAGUAACGAAUGAGGAUUAUAAAUGAGUAGCACAUAAGAAUUAUUUUCUUGAAUUUAAACUUAUUACAGCCAGUUUGAGCAUGUAAAUAUCUAAUAAUGUUGGCUAGUGUGUAACUCUUGAACUAAGAAACAUAAAUAAAACUUAAAA